UUGAAAGCAUCAUUUGCAGAUUUACAAAUAAAUACUUUUUAUGAUUUAGCAUUACAGUUGGGCUUUGAUAGAAGGCGAUCGGAGGGAGGAAAGGAAAUCUUGGUAUUCCGGCGGGAGGCUUGGCCGGAGAAAUAUAGAGAGCUCACAUCAGGUUUCCUUGUCAGGCAGGGGAUAAAUAGCCUUGGAGAGGAUAUUAUUUUGGAUUUUAAAUUGAAUAUGAAGAGGCGGAGCCCUGUGAGGUCGUCGCAGCUGCAGGAGCCGGCGGCGUGCGGUGGCGGUUGCGACGGUGGUGAGGAGAUAAGGAAAUGGAAGAGGAGAACGCUCGUGAAAUACGAGGCGUUGCCGGAUUAUUUGAAGGAUAAUGAAUUCAUUAGGAAGUAUUACAGAUGUGAAUGGCCGCUGAAGGACAUUCUUCUCAGCGUUUUCUCAUUGCACAACGAGACGUUGAACAUUUGGACGCACUUGGUUGGAUUUAUGAUAUUUACGGCGCUGAUGAUAAUGAGUUUGAGUGAGACAAUGAGCAUCGAGAAUGUGAUGGCGACUUUAUUCGGGGACAGAAAUGAUGGAUUGCUCAACCUCAAAAUGAUGAACCAGUCGAACAGCUCCAGCGCUUUCUUUACGGGUUCUUAUGGAGAACAUAUUGCUAGAUCGUCCACCCUGCUUCCAGCAAAACCGCGGGAUUCAAUUCCGAUAUGGCCGUGGCUUGUUUUCUUAGGAGGAGCGAUGAGUUGUUUGAUCUUCAGCUCAGUAUCCCACCUUUUCGCCUGCCACUCUCGUCGCUUCAACCUCUUCUUCUGGCGCUUGGACUACGCCGGCAUCUCCCUCAUGAUCGUCUGCUCCUUCUUUGCCCCAAUAUACUACGCCUUCUCCAACCACCCCUAUUGGCUCGUCGUAUACCUGUCCUUCAUCACUUUACUUGGCAUCCUAGUCGUCAUAACCCUCCUUUCCCCGUCUCUAUCAAGCAGCCGGUUCAGGUUCUUCAGGGCUGCCCUCUUUCUCUGCAUGGGGUUCUCGGGAGUGAUCCCGGCAACUCAUGCAACAAUCCUUUAUUGGGAUCAAUCUCAGAUACUCAUCUCAGUCGUGUAUGAGAUAGUCAUGGGGCUUCUAUACGGCAUUGGGGCAGUUUUUUACGUAACUAGGAUCCCCGAGCGAUGGAAACCGGGUGCAUUCGAUAUUGUAGGCCACAGCCAUCAGAUCUUCCAUGUAUUCGUUGUCGCUGCCGCCCUGGUUCACUGCGCCGCCACCCUCAAUAUCAUGGAAUGGCGACGGGCAUCGACUUACCUUACUCAGAAUUUGCAAGCCUCGUAGUUAACAUUGUGUGAAAUCUAGUCUGAUUUGGUUGGUUUGUAUAUGACAAUGCAUUCAAACCCUAAGAAAAAAAAUGUUGGAUGGUCCCUUGCCAGAGGUGGAGAACUCUUAUCCA